AUGAACAUUGAUUCUCCACCAUGUGCAGAACAACAUGCCGUCACAAUCUGGGAAAUCAACAGAGAUCGACUCACGGCGAUGCAACACAAACUUUCCGACACACCAAAACUACUUAGCGUUGCCGCCGGCCGGAACACUUGCUCCAUCUUUAAAGUCCCACAAACCCUAAUCGACAUCAAUGGUAAAUCAUACCAUCCCCACAUCAUCUCCAUCGGACCCUUUCACCAUGGAAAACCCCACCUCCAGAUGAUCGAGGAGCAUAAGUGGCGCUUCCUCCGCCACUUACUAGAUCGAACUCAAACCCAAGGGAUAGUCUUGGAAGACUUCUUGAAAGCCGUGCAAAAGCUUGAAGUCAAAAUCCGGGAGUGUUACUCUGAGACCAUUAAUUAUAAGACCGAUGAGUUCAUCGAGAUGAUGGUGCUCGAUGGUUGCUUUAUCAUCGAACUGUUUAGAAAGUUUGGGGGAAUUGUAAAGUUUGAUGAACAAGAUCCACUUAUAACCAUGUCGUGGAUCGUUUCGUUUUUCUUACGGGAUCUUAUUCGGCUCGAGAAUCAGAUCCCAUUUUGUGUUCUCGAAUGUUUAUUCGACCUGACAAAGAUGUCAGAAGAAAGCACGACGCUAAAUGCUUUAGCUUUGAGUUUUUUCAAUUUAGCUACACAAAGACCCGAAAACGUUCUCGAGAAGUAUUCAAACAUCAACGCCAAACACUUGCUCGAUCUUCUUCGGUCAACUUUCCUUCCACCAGAAGUCAAACGCCAGACAAAACCUGACAAUCGUCCACCACCGCAUGUAAUCCACAGCAUCUCAAAGCUUCGACGUGCAGGGAUCAAAUUAAAACCAUGGGAGUCGGACAGUUUCCUUACUGUUAACUUCAAACAUGGCAUAAUCCACAUGCCACCGAUAUCCAUUGAUGAUUUCAUGAGUGCGUUUUUGUUAAACACGGUGGCAUUUGAACAGUGUCAUAGUGGAUGCUCUAAACACUUUACUACAUACGUUACGUUGCUUGACUGUUUAAUAAACACGUCUAGAGAUGUGGGUUACUUAUGCGAUUGGAAUAUUAUCGAGAAUUAUUUGGGGACAGAUGCUGAAGUUGCGACUUUUUUUAACAAUAUGGGGAAGGAUAUUUCUUUUGAUAUUGAUGAGUGUUACAUGGCGAGAUUAUUUGAUGAUGUGAAUCGGCAUUACCAUAGUGGGUGGCACGUACAAUUGGCAAGUUUCCGAUAUACAUAUUUUAAAACGCCAUGGUCGUUUAUAUCUGCCAUAGCUGCUCUUGUUCUUCUUCUUUUAACCAUUGCACAGACGUUUUACACGAUCCUGAGCUACGUUCGUCCACCAUGA